CACUGUGCGAUGCAGAAGAGAGGGAGGGAGGGAAGCUUUCAAAGACAGAAGCAGACAGAGGAGAUCCUUGGCAAGCUGAAGAGAGCGCAAGUAAAGAGCUGGAGGAGUGGGUUCAGGAGAAAACCUGGCCUUGGUGUGUGAGCUCCGGUGUGUCUUAUUAGGACAGGACCGCACACUAACUUCCAGAAAAAAAGAAGGACACAAUGUGUUGGAGAAUUUGAAAAAUCUAAGGAUUUUUUUCCUGGAGCUGCUAGGAAAACUUUUUUGUAAAACUCUGGAUAUGUCACUUUCUGUGGAAAUCCAGGUUCCAUCUAAACUUGCUCGUCAUUACUUCUGAAAAACAUUUUGCUUUCAUUUCUGCUAUAGAGGGGCCAAGCCACAAUGCCUACUGACGAUUAUAGCUACCUGCCUGAUGUGCUGCCUCCUCUUCCUGAAGUCCCGGACUCUGGCUCAGACCUGAGCUCCGUUGACAUCCCAGCACGCUGCCUCCGCAACCCGGCCUUCCGUCACGCCUCCUCCCGUUACUGCUCCGCCAUCAGCAUGGACUCCUCUCCUGACAGCGCUGAACGACCCAUCAGCUACAGCUCCACUUCCUCCUCCGCCUCAUCUAGGGACAGUCACUGCUCCUUGGGCAGCCGAUCUACCCUUGUCGUGGCCCCUCAGUGUAACCCCAUCACCAGUGACCGCGACUCUGGGGCGAUUCGGUUGGAACUGGUCCCAGCCAGGCAGCUGGGAUGCGAAGAGGAAGAUGAGGGAAACAAUGGAGAGGGCAGCAGACAGACUACAACAGAACAUUUACAGCCUAAGCUGAGCCCAGAAGUAGGAGAGAAGAUGAGCCAGGUGCAGGGACCCAGGACGUAUGUGGACCGGGUGGUGCAGGAGAUAAUGGACACAGAGAGAACCUAUGUUCAGGACCUGCGGAGCAUCGUAGAGGACUACUUGGAGUGCAUCAGUAACCAGUCUCGACUGGCCCUGAGCUCAGAGGAUAAAGCUUCGCUGUUCGGCAACAUCCAGGACAUCUACCACUUUAACAGGGACCUUCUUCAUGAACUGGAGAAGUGCAAUGCAGACCCUGUGGCCAUUGCAGAGUGCUUUGUAUCCAAGAGUGAAGAGUUUCACAUUUAUACCCAGUACUGCACUAACUAUCCACGGUCAGUGGCUGUGCUAACAGAGUGCAUGAGGAACAAGGCGUUGGCCAAGUUUUUCCGCGAGCGCCAGGAAUCUCUGAGGCACUCCCUACCCCUGGGUUCCUACCUGCUCAAGCCAGUGCAGCGGAUCCUUAAGUACCACCUCCUGUUGCAUGAGAUAGCAAACCAUAUGGAAAAGGACACAGAGACCUACGAGGUGGUGCAGGAAGCCAUCGACACCAUGCAGAGAGUGGCCUGGCACAUCAACGACAUGAAGAGGAAACAUGAGCACGCUGUCAGGCUGCAGGAAAUUCAAAGCCUCCUGACCAACUGGAAGGGCCCGGAUCUGAUCGGCUACGGAGAGUUAGUUCUCGAAGGAACAUUUCGUCUGCAGCGAGCCAAGAAUGAAAGAACACUCUUCCUGUUUGACAAACUGCUGCUGAUUACCAAGAAACGAGAAGAAACCUACACAUAUAAGGCUCACAUUUUGUGCUGCAACCUUAUGUUGGUGGAGGUUAUUCCUAAAGAGCCGUUGAGUUUCAGUGUUUUUCACUACAAGAAUCCCAAACUCCAGCACACAGUCCAGGCCAAAUCCCAGCAAGACAAGCGCAUGUGGAUCUUGCACCUUAAAAGGCUCAUACUUGAAAACCAUCCGGCAAAAAUUCCAGCCAAGGCCAAACAAGCCAUUUUGGAGAUGGAUGCAAAACACCAUCCUGGGUUUCACUACAGCCCUGAUGGUGAGAAGAAGGACUUCCUUCAAACCAAGGAAGGCCCCACUCCACGUCGAGGACGCAGAAAAGAGCCCCUCUCCAAAUUAUUGAAGAAUGCAAAGCAGAACGCUGCCAAUAUCGAUGGUGAAAAACGUACCAGUCUAGGUGCUACCCUGCUGUCCCCUGUGUCCCAGCUGGCUCUGGGCACUAUAGGGCGCAGCCGAAGCUUGAUUAACCAAUCACAGGAGUCCCUGGACCCUGGAGAUCACUACGAACACAGCGACAGGGAGGAAAGGGAUGAGUCGCAUCAGCAGGAUGCUGACGAUGAGGAUGAUGGCGUUCUGGGAGGUGGAAGGAGGCUGAAAGUUCCUGGCAAGGGCAGCAGAAAAAGAUUGAACCCUCAGGCGUCUGUUGACAGCAUAGAGCAGUGGCAAGCUUUUAACAUGAGUGCCUCGGACCUGCAGAGAGCCAGGGAAUCUCUAGUAAGGGAAGGAAGUCACCACCCUCCACUCCUGAGGACCCCUCGUGUGAUGGAGGAACCUCCAGACUCCCCAGUCCCCUCUGUAACCGUGAAAGAAACUGAUCAUUCAGUGAGGAACAUUUGGGCUGAUCACCAGGCUCGUAGGGCCAUGUUCCCCACCCGCCAGAGAACAAUGCAGCCAGACGAUGAGGAUGAGGACAUCUACCAAAUGUUUGUCCCCACAGAGCCAAGCGCACCAGAGCCAGAAACACCCUCCGAGAGACUGGAGACCCCCUCGUCACCCAGAGCAGCCCGGCCCUGCAGCUGGCAUGUUGAACAGGUGCCCACAGUUCAAGUUGACCCUCCUGCUGAUGGCAGCAGAGUCCUAAGGAGGGCGAGCAGUGCAGGAGAGAAGGCUACAGAGGCUCGGGAAAGACCAGCGGACAACGAGAAUGGCCACAACAAUUUGGAAGUAAUUCACACUGAAUCAUCCAGCAAUGACAUAUCUGGAUCUUCCUCAGCUGAGCAGCUGACAAUAGAUGAUAUCGAAAAUGUAUAUGAUAACAUCAGCUAUGAGGACCUGAGGAGCAUGGGUUUAAUCAGGAGGGACCCAGGUGAAAGUCAGACACAGAAAGAGAUGUCGAGAGAACAAAGUGCGGCAAAGGUCAGAGAGUCUCUCAUUGAACCAGAUAGUUCGUCAGAGAGCAACCGGUCCUCCACACAGGAUGUGAAGCCAUAUGGGAGCUGUGAUCUUAAGAUAGUCGAAGAAAAUAUAUAUGACACCAUCUGUUUCAGAGAGCCACUGUCAACUGAGCUCAAGGGAAGGAACGAAGGAAGUAAAGAAAAACAAGAGAGGGACAAUUUGUCGUCAGAGCAAGACCUGGCUCAAAGUCUUGGAGGGUUUAUUUCUAAAGAGAGACUCAAUUUCCGAAAAGAGGAAGAACCUGAAACAUCCCUUCCUGUCCUCUGCUCUUCGGAGCCAAAUUAUACCCCCUCUGCAUCUAAAAUCUUUCCUCCGCACUCCAAGAGAGCUGAUCGGAUGUCUGAGGUGGUUGAUGAGCUUUGUAAUGACUUAGAAAACUACAUGAAAAACACCAAAAAAGCUGAACGACUUCCUGCUGCAUUCCCUGUGAAUUCCAAUGAUCCACCCAAGGUCUCGUCUGUUAAAAACAGCCCUACAAAAAGCUGCCCUGUGGUUUUUGCUCAAGCUGCCAGUCCUGCAAACAAAAGUCCACCAGCACAUAAACCCAAAUUCCCAUCUGUCACUUCCACACCAUCAUUCACCAUCCCACUCAUUAACCUUCCCGACUUUCUAAAUGAAAGUACCACUGAAGAAGACACCCACAGCACUCCUCCUGCAUCCCGCCACCUUCCUGCCACCCCAGAACCCCCUCCAGGCACAGUAAAGAGCAUCCGAAACAGACUGGCGCGCCUCAGCAGCGGUAGCUUUCGCCUUGAGGACGACGAUCUGGUGGAGCUUCCGCAGCGGAAUGCUGCUCCGAGAGAGGGCUCGCUGAAGGACCUCCAAAGUUUGUUUCCAGGGGAACUGGCGGGUCUGGACUCUCCCCUGGCAACCUCAUCUUUCCUGCUGGGGGAAUCUGUGGACUUUUCCCUGGAGCUGAUGGACAAAACAAAGAGCCGUGUGUUCUUGAUGGCCCGGCAAUAUAGCCAGAAGAUCAAGAAGGCCAACCAGCUGCUGCGAAUGAGGAGCAUGGACCCAGGAGACUCUUGCAGUCGGGCCAGAACAGAAAGGAAACAGAAGGAUCUUGCUGCCAUCUUGGAGGAGAAAAAACAAGGGGGUGCAGCCAUAGGUGCAAGAAUAGCCGAAUACUCGCAGCUCUACGACCAGGUGAUGUUUAAGGAUACCCCUAUUUCGACCAGUCAGACCUCAGCCUCCUCGCAUCACUUCCACCCAGGGCUUCCUUCCUCUCCAUCAAUGCCAGAAACUUCCCUGGAUGACGACUGGCUCCACUCCAUCUACAGUAAUGGGGAGCUGAUGAAUUUUAUGUCCUCAUCCAGUGGAGGAACAGACGCUCAAAUGUCCUGCAGCUCUCAGCAUAGACUUACCCACACCUCCUCCAGCCCUUCUCUCAAGACCAUACCUCCCACUUCAUGUGCUCCAACAUCACAGAGGUGGAGCUCAUGCAUUUCAGCACCAAGCAAAGAAGAGCAUGUGUACAGUUCAAUAAAGAGACAUCCUUCCUUUAAUGCUCCCUCCUCGAAGUCUUCUCUGUCGGAUCAGUCUCAAUCAGCUGGUUCUGUAAAAAGCCCCCAGCAAGAGAAACACUGCCAGUCUGGACUCAGUUGUAAUGGACCCAAUGUGGAUCCCAACACAGACAGACCACGUGGACCUAGUCUGGUCCGUACCGGUCGGCAGAGCAGUCUCCCAGACCAGUCCACCCUGAGACAGUCAGACCUCACCUUACAUGAUGGCCAGCAGGUGGUGGUCCUGAACCGAGCUUCUGCUCUGACCAUCCUCAACGCCACUCAGAACUACCUGGCCAACUUCAGAGACAAUGAGGAAGAUGACGAUGACUACGUUGAGAUCCGCUCAGAGGACGACAGUGAAUCGAAAGAUGACGGGCUGAAGCAGGGAACCGCCACUUCAUCUCAGAGUCGGAGCGUUAUCCAGUCUCGGAGUUUGCCCUGCACUCCAGUCCACUCCUGCCACCCGCUGAGGCCGUUGGAGCGUGAGCACUUGGAGAAAUACAUGUGGAGCGAGCAGCAGCAGAACCAACCCAACAUUGUCCAGUCUAUAAGGGAGAAGUUCCAGUGUUUGAGCUCCAGUAGCUUCGCAUAAGACUACAUAGGAACUAAAAACCCAAAACAAUGCUAAUAUAUCGUAUAUAGCUUGAAGGGAACAGUGCUGCUUUGCAUCAAAUACACUACACCUUUCGCUAACAAGAAAAAUAAAUAUUAGACAAAAAAAACACAUCUUUUAAAGCAAUCCUUUGCAGCUUUAAUUUUAGGAAACUAUAUUACAGAUAUAACAAAACAGUAUAGAUCACCGGUAAUGGUAAAAACACUACAUCAUUAGCUUUUACGUGAACUUUGUUCCACAAAUUUGGCUAGUUGGAAUUAAUUGUGAUGAAAUAUAACUUUAAGCAGUUUAAAAACUUUUAAACUGCUUUACAUCUGAGCCUUGUAGAAACAUUUUGUUUUGUACAGAUGCUGUAGUUCAGGAUAUCUGUUAAUUUUGCUCCUAAGGACAUUUAACUGCAUUGUCAUCUUAAGCAGGAGAGCUGAAGCACACUAACCUCUCGUCUUCUUAAUUGUGCUACUAUAUAAUAUUGAAAAGUUGUGAACAAACCGCUUUUACAGUUCAAGCUUUCGUGCAACCCGGGAUACACUGCUCAGGCUAGUUUGUCACUUUUAGGAGCUUUUAACAAGCAGGAUAUAAAGACAAAUAUUUGGGGCUAUUAUUACAUCCAGUAGGUUAAAUGUAUCUAUACAUGGAGUGUUAGUCUAUUUUUAAAAUAGUGAGUCAGUCUUCCUCUCACUUUGAUCACCAGUAGAGUAUCAUGCUUAAAGAAAAUCGAGAUAUUCUCUAAGAAAUAAUGAGUAUCUAUUUAUUUUAAAUUUGAGAGCAUCUGUGAGAAACGGUUUCUAUGUGCAGUAGUCAAUGCAAGUAGAUGCUGUUUUAUUUUCCUUAAAUCUGCUCCUUUCAGUUUUUGUUUUGAGGAGGGACCACAAGGGUAAACAGGUCAAUUACUUUUAAACACUCCAGGACUGUAUUUGGUGUAUUUUUCUUUACUCAAAUGCAAAUGUAUUUAAAUGAUUUACUUUAUGGGACACCAUCGCACUACUGAUUUCACGUCCUCACUCACACAAGGAAAGUAACAUUAUGACAAGACACUUUAAGGUUCACAGUUGUUUGCUUUCUCCAGAAUUUGUUUAAUUUCAUAUAAACUGAUGACAGAAACACUAAAUAUAACGUGUUUGUUUGAAUACGUUCCCAUGUUCGUAUUGCGACCAGCGUGAGCCACCAACUGUAAAUCAGAGUAAAAUAUAUUUAUUAAAAGCUGUGCUUUCAUUUAGGGACACAAAAUCUGAAACAAACUGUGAAUGUUGUUGGAAAAUUGUAGAUUUUCAUGCACUAUUGAAUCAUUAAUGACUACAAUAAAAAAGCACAUGGGCAAAAUGGCAAAAUAAAUAAAACAUCAAAUCCAAAAUGAAGUAUGUUUUGUUGUACAUUUUUACAUUUUAUUGGUGAUAAUUUUUUUUUUUGCACUUUUUUUAUUUUGCAGCUUAUUUGUAAACACUUUGUAAAGAUGUAUAUUUUAGAAGUUAUUCUUGUAUGCCAUAGAUCUGCUUCAUAAUGCUUUGACGUUUAAAUUAAGUAUACUGUAUUUUUGUAACUUGCUAGUCAUUAUUGCUCAAUAGAACAAUGUAUCUGAGGUAAUAAAUUCAGAUUAUUCUC